UGGGCGGUCCUACGCUGUCCUCGAGAGCGCGCCUUGCCAUCAGCGACCCGCCAUCCCGUCACAGCGAGUCGAGGCUAAACUGAACGUGGACCUGCGUCUUCUACAGAGAGGGAUCAGCAAUCUACCACUAGCCCGAAGAGCCGUGCCUGUCGUCGCGUCUUUGCUUUGAACCGAACCAGCCAACUCUGAAUUCGCAUUAAAUAUGUCUAAUAUCGUUUGCUGUCAAACGCCUCAGGUUAUAAUGUAUGAAAAACACAGAAUAAGUACAACUCUAUAGCCAACGGGAUCCCAAGGACUUGAUUACAGUCGCUUCAAGCCUGAUAGUUUGUCCGUGCGGCUGCCCCCCCCUCUCCCUUCUGCUCACGCCCGUCCAGUCCACUGGCAUUUCUUCUAACCUCCCGUGCCUCUCCUCGGUGAAGACAUCUUGAGCUCCACUGUGAUCUCGGUCUGCCUGUUGCCUACAUUCGCUUCUACGUGCAGCAGUGCGGCCUCCCUGGAUUUGCAUUAUUCUGUAUUCGGCACACCAUAAAAAUUUCCCAAGAUGAUUCCAAACGGGUAUUUGAUCUUUGAGGAUGAGAGUUUCCUGGAUUCCACUGUGGCUAAAAUGAACGCGCUUAGAAAGAGUGGUCAGUUCUGCGAUGUUAGACUGCAGGUGUGUGGUCAUGAGCUGAUGGCUCACCGUGCCGUGCUGGCUUGCUGCAGCCCCUACCUGUUUGAGAUCUUUAACAGUGACGUUGAGCCCCAUGGAGUCUCACAUGUCACCUUAGAGGACUUGAACCCAGAGGCUGUGGAGGUCUUGCUCAACUACGCCUAUACUGCCCAGCUAAAGGCUGACAAAGAACUGGUCAAGGAAGUUUACUCUGCAGCCAAAAGGUUCAAGAUGGAGCGAGUCAAACAGAUUUGUGGCGACUACCUGCUGUCUAAAAUGGAUUCCCAGAGCGCCAUCUCUUUUCGUAACUUUGCCAGCUCUAUGGGAGAUGCCCGAGUUUUGGCCAAGGUGGACGCCUUCAUCCAGGACCAUCUACUGGAAGUGUCUGAACAGGAGAACUUCCUCAAACUUCCCCGUCUCAAGUUAGAAGUAAUGCUAGAAGACCACCUGUCCCUGCCCAGCAAUGGAAAGCUCUACUCCAAGGUGCUCAACUGGGUGCAGCGUAGCCUUUUGGAGCACGGAGACCAUCUGGAACGACUGAUGGAGGAGGUGCAAACGCUGUACUACUCACCUGACCAUAAGCUGGUGGAUGGAGGGCUGGUGAUUGAUGGGCACAGUGAGAUGUUAGGUGGCGAGGAUGACCACCUUCAGUUUGUGCAGAAGAAACCCGUACGGGAGAGCACCCAGAGACCGAUGAGCUGCAGCUCCUCAGGAAGCCUGUCGCCCUCCAACCAAGCAGCAAAUGCCCCGAAACAUCCUGGCAGGAGAGAGUGGAAGUACAUAGCCUCUGAGAAGACCACAAACAACACCUACCUGUGUCUGGCUGUGCUGGACGGUGUGUUGUGUGUGAUCUUCUUACACGGUCGGAGCAGCCCCCAGACCUCUCCCUCUGCCACCCCCUGCCUGAUGAAGAGCCUCAGCUUCGAGGCCCAGCCCGAGGAGCUGGAGGAGCAGCCGCUCUCUCCCAUGCAUUACGCUCGCUCAGGCCUGGGCACCGUGGCCCUGAACGGAAGACUCAUCGCAGCAGGGGGCUACAACAGAGAGGAGUGUCUGAGGACUGUGGAGUGUUACGACCCCAAAGAGGACCGCUGGACCUUCAUCGCUCCCAUGCGGACUCCACGGGCUCGAUUUCAGAUGGCCGUGCUCAUGGGUCAGCUGUGGGUGAUCGGCGGGUCAAAUGGACAUUCUGACGAGCUGAGCUCCGGGGAGACGUACAAUCCACAUGCUGAUGAAUGGGCUCAGGUGCCAGAGCUGAGGACAAACCGCUGCAAUGCAGGCGUCUGCUCAUUGAACAACAAACUCUACGUUGUUGGCGGGUCGGACCCUUGUGGGCAGAAGGGCUUGAAGAACUGUGACGCUUUUGACCCUGUGAUGAAAACCUGGUCCAACUGUGCCUCCCUUAACAUCAGGAGGCACCAGGCAGCAGUGUGUGAAUUGGAUGGCCUCAUGUACGUGAUCGGAGGGGCGGAGUCCUGGAACUGUCUGAACACCGUGGAACGCUACAACCCCGAGAACAACACCUGGACCCUGAUAGCCCCCAUGAAUGUGGCUCGCAGGGGGGCCGCCGUCGCCGUCCAUGCAGGCAAACUGCUUGUUGUUGGCGGCUUCGAUGGCUCCCACGCGCUGCGCUGCGUGGAGGUGUACGACCCCUGCCGCAACGAGUGGAGGAUGCUGGGUAGCAUGACAUCGUCCCGCAGCAAUGCCGGCGUGGCCAUGCUGGGAGAAACCAUCUACGCUGUGGGCGGCUUCGACGGGAACGAGUUCCUCAACACCAUGGAGGUGUACAGCCCCGAGGCGGACGAGUGGAACGACUGCACCAAGGCGGCGUCUCCACUGUCCGACUGAAGGGGCCGUGUGGGGGGGGGGGGCUUCACCUUUUUCCAAACUAACAGGCUUAGUGACGUAAUCGUGUUUCGUGAUGUUAUCUCUCUGUGUGUGUGAGUGUGUGUGAGACUGUGCGUGUGACUGUGUGAAUAUGUGGGGGGGUCUUCAGUGAAGACUGGCUUAUAUUGGGGGGGGGAGGGUGGGGGGGGUUGUUGUCCAAAGCAACAUGACGCCUUUGCAAAUUGCAUACAAUUUUUUCCGUUGUGUAUAUAUUUUGUUCUUCCUCCUUUUUUGUCAUAUACUAAAAUGAAAUACACAUUUCGUGCUUUUCUUUUCUCUCCGAGCUGAACAGUAGGUCAGAGUUUUCAGAUGAGCUGGCUAGUUAUUGGUCACUUGGAUUGUGGCUGUAUGAAGUGGUGACUAUUAACUUUAAAGUUAAAAGUUUUAUUUAAGUAUAUUUCUGUCAUGGAAAUGUAAUUCUGCUCACAUAUUUAAAGGUCAGUGGUUUGAAGCCUUACUCAAAGUGCAAGAUGAUAAACACCUCGUGGCAUUUUGUCAUUUUAAACAAGCUGGAUUGCUUUUUGAAUCUUAAAUGAUGGCCUUUUUUAUAUUUUUUUAUACACUGCUGAUUUACUGAUGAAAUCAAAGUAGUAGCAGACAGCUUAAAGGCAAUGAAUCUAACCAGUGCCAGAUUUCGUAUAGUUUUUGUGCACACACCACACAUGCGCACAACCAUGCUUCUGCUCACCAGACUUUUGUUAAUGUGAUUAACUAAUUGAUGUAUGUAGAGAUGCAGUUUACUGAAGAUCCUUUUUGUGUGUCUAAUCUGGAAGGAAUGUUGGAACAAGAAAUUAUCACAUUUGUAACAUUUCCUAAUUAAUAAAUCAUUCAAAUCAAA